CCUCAUGCGACAACAAUUCUCACUUCACAUGGGGUAUUGCUUGCUGAGCUGUUUAACGUGAAAUACCAACGUGAACUAAUAAAAUUGACAAAAAGUAAUUUGUGGUAACAAGUAAGGACUACCCAAAAUGGGUAAGAAGAAGUCUGCCAUGGGGCUCGGGAGAUCGUUGAUAAAGGAGAGACUCAACGCAGGCCGAGGCAACAAGAGGGGCGAUACUUGGCUCCACACCAGUGAACUGAACGAUGGCUACGAUUGGGGUCGUCUCAACCUGCAGUCAGUGACUGAACAGAGCUCUAUGGAUGACUUCCUUGCAACUGCAGAAAUGGCUGGGACUGAGUUUGUUGCAGAAAAGCUCAACAUCAAGUUCGUGCCAGCUGAAGCUCGGGCAGGAUUACUGACAGCCGAGGAGACAGCAAAGCUGAAGAAGCUGCACGAAGAGAACAAACAACUCCUCAGAAUUCCACGAAGGCCUCACUGGGAUGAGAGCACCAGUCCAGAGGUCCUCCAGCAGACAGAGAGAGACAGCUUCUUGGAGUGGAGACGAGAACUGGCACUACUUGAAGAGGAGCAGAAAAUGUUUCUCACCCCUUUUGAGAGGAAUUUGGAUUUCUGGAGACAGCUCUGGAGAGUGAUUGAGAGGAGUGACAUCGUUGUUCAGAUCGUUGAUGCCAGAAACCCUUUGCUGUUUCGUUGCCCUGACCUGGAGUGCUAUGUCAAGGAGGUGUCCCGGGACAAGGUGAACUUGCUGCUGGUGAACAAAGCUGACCUGCUGACCCGGGAGCAGCGGAGGAUCUGGGCCAGAUAUUUCCAGAGAGAGGGCCUCCGCGCUGUGUUCUGGUCUGCACUGGUGGAGAAUGAGAGGCUGGAGGCAGAGGAGAAGGGAAUGGAAGUGGAAGAGCAGGAGGAUGAAAAGAGCGACGCAGAAAAUGAAGACGAGGGAAUGCCAGACAACGACAAUGUGAGCCGAAGACAGGAUGUAGAGGAUAACAAGGAUGAGAAAGAGAGCGAGGAGGACGAGGAAGAAGAUGAGGAGAGUGAUAUGGAUGAGAAGCAGCAGAGAGGGGAGCAGUUUAAAGACUGUGUAGCAGAGGGAGACUGGCAGACCUGCUCAGAGGCAUCAGAGGGUGAGGAAGCAGAUGACGAAGACAGUAUAGACGGCUCCACCCACGGCUCCUCCUCCUUCCACAACUCCAGUCGCCUGCUGACCAAAGACGAGCUGCUGGCCAUAUUUAAGGCUGCUCAUGAUGGGCCAACGUUGAAAGAGGGCGAGCUCACAGUGGGGCUGGUGGGGUAUCCCAAUGUGGGAAAAAGUUCCACCAUCAACACCAUUCUGAGAAAUAAGAAGGUGUCCGUCUCAGUCACGCCUGGGCACACCAAGCACUUUCAGACGCUGUACGUGGAGCCAGGUCUGUGUCUGUGUGACUGCCCCGGCCUGGUCAUGCCCUCCUUUGUGGCCACUAAAGCUGAGAUGAUCUGCUGUGGGAUCCUGCCCAUCGACCAGAUAAGAGACCAUGUGCCUGCCAUCUCCCUCGUGUGUCAGACUAUUCCUCGAGAUGUGCUAGAGGGCACCUAUGGCAUCAACAUCAUCCGCCCGCGAGAGGACGAGGACCCCGACCGCAUACCCAACUAUGAGGAGCUACUGAUGGCCUACGGAUACAUGAGGGGCUUCAUGACAACACACGGACAGCCUGACCAGUCGAGAUCAGCCCGCUACAUCCUCAAGGACUACGUCGUUGGGAAACUGCUGUACUGCCACCCUCCUCCCCACAUCAGUGCUGUAGACUUCCAGCCCCAGCACAGCAAGUUCCAGUCCGGAGAUGCAGACGGUGAAUACUCCAAGACAGGCAACAAACAGAGCAAAGUCAAGAGACAUGAGAAUCUGGUGGACAAGAACUUCUUCCAUCAGGAGAAUGUUCGAGCACUCACCAAGGGGGUCCAGUCUUACAUGGGCUACAAGCUAGGCAGCAUAGGCCAGCGUGAACAGGUAGGUCAGGGGCAACCUGGCACGGAACAGCCUGUGGUCAAACCCUGGAAGAAGUAUGGCAACAGGAACAAGAAAGAGAAAGUACGCCGACUCACCAAGCACUUGGAUGCUUGAAGAACAUCUAUAAACUGUUAGAAAUCGCUGAUAGUUUGGAGUGGAAUGGAGUGUUAACCCCCAAAGGACUUUCCAAUGCAAUUCCACAGGAAUUGGUGUUUGUUGUAUGUAGAUACUGGUCAACAACAGUAACCUCCAUUGCAUUUUGCAAUAUGGAGAACCAGGGAUAGGUUGUGAAUUAACUUAUCAUGCAUUGCAUUGAUGAUACAUUCCACUAUUUGAUUAUGAUUGAGUUGUGCAACAAAUCUUACAGAAGUUAUGAGUGUAGCUACCAGAGCAGAAUUGGGGUCAACUCAAUUCCUGGAAUUUUAGCAACUUAGGAAUUGAAUGGAAUUGAGCCUUACUCCAGAUAAAAUGUAUUGCUAAGGAGAUCAAUCAGUCAAGAUUUAUUUGGUUAUGUGUUUGUUACAUAUACAGGAAGGUGCAAACUAUUGUACUUUACAUAGAUAAUGAACUACAGAUAACUGCCUAAAUAAAGGAAACACCAACAUAGGGCAUUGGGCCACCACGAGCCAGAACAGCUUCAAGUGUCUGGAACUCUAUUGAAAGGAUGCAAUGCCAGAAUCUCCCAUAAGUGUUAAAUUGGGUUGAGAUCUGGUGACUGGGACGGCCUUGCGAUAUGGUUUACAUCGUUUUCAUGCUCAUCAAACCAUUCAGUGACCACUCAAGUCCUGUGGAUGGGGGCAUUGUCAUCCUAUGGGGUAGCCAAAAUAAUAGCCUGCCCAACGUUUGUAUACUUUACCCUAAGCAUGAUGGGAUGUUAAUUGCUUAAUUAACUCAGGAACCACACCUGUGUGGAAGCACCUGCUUCCAAUAUACUUUGUCCCUCAUUUACUCAAGUGUUUCCAUUAUUUUGGCAGUAGUUGGAUUCCCUAAGAUUUAGAACCAACUGCUACUCUGCGAUAAAUGUCUGAUGCAAUAACAAUUGUGUAAUAUCCCUGAUUAAAUAAUUAUCUUUCAGAUGGUU